AUGAUUCUCGAGUUAUUUUGCUUAAUUACCCUCCUAAAAUUCACUGUGUUCUCCGGAGACUUUUCUUCUCAAAAUAUCAUCCGUACUUACCACUUCUUAUUCUCAUCUGAUUUUCCCUGUUUCAACCAAUGUUUUAACUUGCAAAUUGCGAACAGUCAUCCAAAGAAUCUCACAAUGAGUGAUGAUCCGCCAACUUUACCUGUAGGAACGGAGGUCAGCGCCAAGUUCAAGGGCGCUUAUUGUGAAGCACGGAUUGCUAGAAUCGUCACAGAGUCGGUUAAAAUCAGGGUGUUUAUCAGAGGGUCAGCGAAGAACGUUUCGAUACUUACAAAAAACGAAUUGGUAGCUUAUGGUACGAUCGCUGCCGGCCAAAGAGCGACGAUGCGAGUUGGUAACAAAAUAGUUGAUUGCUUAAUCAAUAAUGUCAAAGAUUGCAGCAUAUACCACGUCGUUUUUAACGACGGAGACAAGAAGGACCUCCGACGUACUCACAUGGUUUUGAAAGGGAAGCGACACUUCUCGAAUGAAACGAAUCUUGAUUCAAUGCCACUCACAAAUCCGGAACAAUUCUCGACUCCUGUUCGUGCUGCUGCCCAAAAAGGCGCUCAGAAAAUCAAAGAAACAUCGAGUGCUCGUCGUUACACAAUACGGGAAACUGUAGAACGAGAACCAGUAGCAGAUGACGAUGAAGAAGAGGAGGACGACGAGGAUCAGCGUGACAUGGAACAGGCGACUACAAGUUCAUCAACAUCGGAUAACCGGCAACAGAGAAAAGAGGAUGAAUCGGAGACAGAAGAGUCUGAUAAUGAAGAACCUGUGAGACGAAAACGAGAACAUCGGAUACAACGUAUAGCAGGGGUGCUACUCGAUGAUGAUGAUCCAGAAGGUCCGCGACAACGAGAACCAGGUGGACGGCGAGGAGUUGAUAGAGAUCUUAUGGAUGAAACAGAACCUGGUCAACCGGAAAACGGUUCUCCAGAAAGUGCAGCUUCAGCAAUGUCUAAAAAACAGCAAAAAGAACUUGACAAACAGGCGAGAAAGAGGGAGAAAGAGAAGUUAAAAGAAGAAGCCAAACUGGAGAAGGAUCGGCAAAGAGAACUUGAUAGGGAAAGGAAAAAUAAGGAAAGACAAGAACAAUCUGCAAGACGACGAAGGGAGAAAUUAUUCCACGGAGCAGUGGAAUUGUCAAAUGAUAGACAUGAGAGAUUCACGACUCAAGCAAUCGUUCACCCAUCCCAACAUUAUAUCUUGAGAAAAGUUCGACGAAAGUUGCAGAAGAAAGGAAGACGACGUCAUCGACAUGAAAGAUACAGAUUACGUAACUUCAGGCUUUACGCUAGAUGGAGAGAUUUGACUAGUCGAAUUGGGCUUUCUUUCUCCGCAAGGUUUCGAAAACAAUGGAUGCGAAUGACGGAUGCUGAAUUUAUGUCGAAAAUUCGAAACUAUAAGUUGAUGAGAAGUAAACUUCGUGCGAAAAUAGUUCGGUUGUGGAUGAGAAGGCAGGAGAAAUCUCGUCGUGUUAAAUUUGUUGUCUAUCACGACGAACCAAAACUAGCAACUAAACUCCUCAAGUAUGUGGAGAAAGAAGAAGAACGACCGUUAACAUUUGCCGAACGUAUGCAAGUUCCCCACGAAGAUCUUCAAACUUCAACGUUUCGUUCGCACUUCUUGAAUCAAACGUGGUAUCCAGCCGUUCUUUUUCCUGGUGUAAAAACUGACCCACGUGGCUCGCAAUGCCUACAAAGAGAUAUUCGUCAUAUGGGAAACGGAAAAGUGAUGACGGUUUGGGAGGAUCAUUUAAUUCCAUUCGAUUGGCUACCAGUGUUCGACGAUAAAGAGAUGAAGAAAAUCGUUGAACAGCGACCACCAGAAAUGAGAUCUCAAUUCACUCUCGCGAUGAAGUUUGCUUUGAAUUAUACUCUCGAACAAAUAAACCGUCCACAUCUGAACUUAAUGUUGGAAUGGACUCGACGAAAACAGUAUCAUCUACCUCGGAGGUAUCUUCCGCCAGAACUCCCAACAGCUCCGUCUCCAUCAAAACGGAAUGAACAAGCUGAUGAUAAUCCAUUGCACGAUGAUUCCGAUGAAGAUUAUGAUUCGGAUAGUUCAAUCAAAAAUGCCACAACGGAAGAUAAAGAUCGAUUCAUCGCAAUGCUAAUGCAAGCACACGACUCUGAUUAUACUAUACUGGACACAACUCCAACGAUUCAGGGACAUGACGUCGAUCUUCAUUACUUGUAUUGUUUAGCACUGAGACUGGGAGGACCGAAGAAAGUAUACGCAAGCAAUCCAUGGGCAGAAUGGGCAAAAAAGUUAGUUCCACAGGCUGUUAACGCUGAGGAUGAGCUCAAGGAGAUAUUCAAGACAUGUUUGGAAAACUAUCUCACGAUCAGUACAAAAUUGAGUUGGCCAAUGGAAAAUUUGGCAGCGAGGAAUGAACGGAAAGUUGUACUCCCUGGACAAUAUUCGGAGAACCGGAAAAAACGAGCGUUGGCUUUGCAAAACCUACAAGGCCAACAGAAUUCAAACCAACCGACACCUGGAACCGGUAGAGGUCGUGGUGGUGCUCGUGGAGGAGCACGGAAACGAAAAGAAGCGUCUCAUGAUGGUUCGAGUGACAAGAAAAGAGUUAAGCAAUCAAUCUCUAGAGGGACAACUGCUUCUCCAAGGAUCUCAGAAGAUCGAUCUCAACAACCAGGACCGUCUAACGCUGUCUAUGAUGACUAUGACGAUGAUGAUUCAUUCGAAAUCACAAUUGACAGAGAAUCCGCUAAAAAGAAGAAGUCGAAGACGCUCGGUAGGAGAAGUGAAAGAGAGGGGAGCACAUCGGCUGGUCCUCCUAAGAAAGGAAGGCCUCGUAAGCAUCCGUUACCAGGAUCAUCGAAUUCUUCUGCAACUCCCAAAGCGGCUGAAAGAGAGCGAAGAGGGUCAAAUAGAGAAAGCUUUCCAGAAUAUGCUAGAGCUAACAUCAUCUCCGACAUUAAACUGAAUGACAGAAUCUGUGCCUCCUAUCAUGAGCAAUGGUUCAAAUCACAAGUCUCCAUUACAUAUGAGGAUAUCUCUGUAGAGCUAUUAGAUAUAAUGCUGCAACUCCAGGAAAAUAUAGAUUCAAACUAUCACAGGCAAUUAUAUUUCGAAUCCAUCGAGAGAUUAUGGGAAACAAUGAAAGUCACGGCUCAUUAUAUCGGGUGGAAUUCAAGAUAUGAUGAAUCUAUGCCGUUGACCAAGAUAAUGGUUACAAAUGAAGCACAACAAGAAGCGAGGAGACGUUUUCUAGACCUUCCAAAUGGAGAUAAGUUACAUCCAGACACAUUGUCGAUAGUAGAGGAGGCAUAUUGUCAAGAAAGCGAUCUUAUGUUACGGCCGAAUUAUAAGAAACUGGCGAGAGAAGCAUUAAGACCUUCUGUACCUCAACAAGUCAGUGCUCCACGUGUGGAUGAUGAUGAUAUGGAUAUAGAUGAUGACAGCAUGCGACGUCGUCAAAGAAAUCUAGUAGAUCAGGAUGAAAGAUCAGACGAUUUUGAUUUCGAUCCGGUGCCAACUCAAAAUGGACGACGAGGAGAUUCAGAAGAGACAGAAGGCAAUAAAAAAGAUUCGGACGAUGAAGAUAAUGUGUCGGUGGAUGAUAUGAAGAUGGAAGUGGAAGAAGAAAGAGGUAUUCAUGAGGAAUCUCCAGAACUCGGCCUCAAAUCCUCAUCUGGUUCACCAGGAGUUUCAAAGGCCGUGUCUCGUGAAUCGUCUCCAGUCACAAGUGAAUCCAGAGAGCAAUCUGUGGAGUCAUCGAAGUCUUCCGAAUCAUCACGUUCUUCUAAAUCUUCAGAAUCACGAAAAGUUUCGAAAUCUCGAGACUCCGUAGAAACAUCAGCAUCUGAAGAGCUUGGAGAGAAGUCGGUUCAAAGAUCAUUGUCUCCAGAAGCUGAAAAAGUAGUUGCUGAUUCUCAACCAGAUGAUGCUCCUACAAGGUCUCCAGAUUCUUCUCCUGGUGCUGAAUCUGUCACUCCAGAACCCACUCCAAGAGAUGUUGGUCAAAAAGACCUUACUUUAGAAGAGAAAGGAGUUCGCACUGAGACAGAAGUUUUCAGUUCUUCGACAAAAUCAAUUGAAGAGACUCCAAAAAUCGAAAAAGAUUUGGAAUCAGAUUCCGAUGAACCAGAGUAUCCAGAUGAUCCAUUGUCUUCGUCUCAUGCUGAAGACGGAUCAGAUCUACAUGAAAGCAACUCGGCGGAGGGGCCCCUCAGUACAAUCGAAGACUCAAAUUAUACUCCGCAAAAAACAAUGCCAUCAUGUCCAUCUGUCAAUGUUGAACGAUCGGGACCGUUGACUCUUGACGAAGUUCCAGUACCAUCAGCAUCCACGUCAUCCGGUCCAUUGGAGAAAGAAGAAAUCGCUACUGAAUCAGAUGAUCAGCGGAAAAGAAGUAACACAGUUAGCUCGGUGGAUCAGCCACUCAAAAAGCGUCCACGACGCGCCAGUGAAAGAUCAGGCGGAAUCGAUGAGGGAUUAAGAAUGAGGAGUCCAGAACAACGACACAGUAACCCCUUGGUUCAUCAAAUGUCGUCUGGAGUACUCACGCUAGAAAUGACACAUCGACCGGAAUCAUCUGGACCAAUUGAACCGCAAUCUAUUCGGAAAAGUGCAGGAGCGGGUAGAAGGAGAACAGCAUCACCUAAUCUGAACACCUCGGGACCAUUAACUCUUCAUUCUCCACAACCUUCGACUUCAAUUAUUCUCACUCAGAACGUAGUAUCUAUUACUCCUAAAGGACGUCCGCCAGGAGCUUCUCCACAGUUAGGAAGGCCCAAAAAACUAGUGACACCAGUUGUCACUGUUCCAUCCACAUCAUCUAAGAGCGCAGAACUUAAAGAAGAGAAGACGGAGGAAAUUCCAGAAGCGUCAACCGAGACUACUGCGAUUGCUGUGGAGCCAACUGUUGUUGCAGAAAUUCGCAAAGAAGAUGAUGUUUCUGAGCACAGUACAUCUCCAGAAGAUGAAGAUGAUAAGCAAGAAACUGAAUCCUCGUCAGAACAAAAUGAUAUGAAUAUCACACCAAAAGGAACUACGAUAAGAGGUGGAAAAAGGAAGAGAGGCGGACGGUUCGGAGGAUCGUACACCACAAGACCAGUCAAAUCUGCAAGUGUCUCAGCGAGAAAGAAUCAGAAUCAGGAUACUAGUCAAAGUGUAGACGAUAUUGAAGAGAAGGAGACAGAUGAACCAGAACCAUCCGGAGCGUCGAUUCCAUCAACACCAUCAUACUCUUCACGUGACGGUUGGACUCAGCAGAAACAACGGAUGGCUGAGGAAAUGAGAAAGGACGGAUCAGAUCGCAAUUUUGAUGAACUCGACCUUGCGAAUUUCGACCUGAUUAUCGCAGGCGCACCGGCUGAGGAUAUAAAUAUGUAUCUGGAGGAACGGACAAAUGAGCUCCGGGAACUUUAUGCAAAUACGAAAUACGAAUAUUUGACACUCGAGAAAAGAUUCCGAAAGACGCAUGAGGCGAAAAAGAAAGCGGAGACUGAAGCGUCGAAAUCUCCAUCUGUGAUAGAUGAACCAUCUACCUCUGCAUCACCUUCUACCUCCAAAAACUGA